UCAGUGCGGAACAUCAAUCAUACCAGCCAAACCGCUGAUGCUAAGCAGUUUUUUUCCUUCACAUAUCAUACGUUAGCAAAUCCUAAUCGAAGUCAACCUAUUAGUCUGGUUGCUUUCUAAGAUUAACAUGUGCUUUUGGUUGAUUUUCAAUACUUUUCUUUCGAGUGCACUAAGAUAAUUUGAUUUACGUUGGUCGCGUUCGGGCAGAAAACAAAUUCGAUCGUCCGGAAAAGCAAUGAGAAAAAGAAAUAGCACUGACAACAAUGAAGACAUCGUAAGCCUCCAAUCGAAAAAAUUUGAGACGAGCCAUCGAGAUGCCCCUCCGGCUGAAGCCGAGACAAACGGUUUACAAGUGGAACGCGCGCUGAGCCGGCGGCUGGAGGAGGAAGGCGAGGGCGGAGUUAGCGGGUCGCCAGGCGUGGCCGAGGCGGGACAUCCGGACGGGGCGAAAAAUGGCGUCGACUGCGGCGUCGUCGAACAGCGGCACCAGCAACAGUGGCUUGCCACCGGUUGCUCCCAACACUCGCAGUCCGACGCGAUCGCUUAUCACGGACUGCAGGCCAGCUUCGCCCUCAGGCAACUCGCUUACUUGGAGCAGCAGCAGCAGCAGCAGCAGCAGCAGCACACUCUAGGCAGUCAACGUUUUCAGAUCGAGUCGAGCGCCUACGGCAGUGCAAUAGCCGAGCGCAGCGCUCGUCAACAGCAGGGCCAAAUCGGUGAUCCGACGGAGUUUGAACAGCAGCAGCAGCAGCAGCAGCAGCAGCAGCAGCUCUACAUCAGCCGCGAGAGCGAGCAGCAGCAGCAGCCCCACCACCGAGAGCGCGCCGCAGCGGCAGAGACGGGCGCGGGAGAGGUCCCUGCGGUUCCCGAAGGAGGGGAUAGCCAGUCGCCGAGCAGCCAGGCCACAGUCCCGACGGAAGGGAAGAGCACCGUCAGUCACAUGCCUCUCGUCGCGAUGCACCGAUACCCCGCAGCAGUCGAGACGCUCUUGCCCGAGCACCACCACCACCACCACCACCAUCACCACCACGGCCACGGCGCGCACCACGGCCUCGGCCGACACGACGAGGCGCAGCAGCAGCAGCAGCAGCAGCAGCAGCAGCAUCACGACGAGCGCAGCUCUGCUGCCAUUAACCUGAACGUGUUCCUGCCGAGCCUCGGCGGCCAGCCGGGCAGCGGCGCCGGCAACGGCGCUCACCAGCCGGCGCAGCACCUCGACGAGGUGCUCCAGCACGAGGACAGCUACCUGACGAUGCGCGGCUCGGCCAACAGCGUCGAGGGCGUCUCGCCGGGGGCGAUGCGCGCCGCCGGCAGCUCGCCCGGCUCCAGCCGCAGCCCGCACAACGGCGCCGAGCAGCCGCAGCAGGAGCUGUCGCCGCCGCCGCCGCCGCCGGCCGCGCGCCACACCGAGGCCCAGGCCUACAGCCCCGGCCAGGAGCAGGCGCGCCUGCAGAGCUUCACGCACCUGACCAACAUGCAGCCGGCCAUAGUGAACGUCAACCACCUGCAGCCGGACGACAGAGUGCAGCCCGACCAGCUCUACCUCGACUCGCUCUACGCGCAGCAGCACCAGGGCGCCGCGGUCGCCGCCGUGCACCACCACCACCACCACCACCCCGACCACGAGCAGAGCUCCACGGCGCCGCACUCGCCCACCGGCGCGGGCUCGUCGUUGUAUCGGAUACCCGGCGUCGGCACCAUUGGCAGUGGCGGUGGCUCCGCGCCAAGCUACUCGAUGUAUAUGAAUCCGUCUGCUGAACUCGGCCCAGGACCACAGCAAAUAUGGACUACCCAAGUGUCGGCUCUGCCGCCGCUUGGCGACGAGUACGUGGGCAAAUCGACGUCAUCGGUGGUUAGUCACCAGAGCCUGCCGGCGUUCUCGCAACCCUUCCCAACUCGUUUUCGCUACUCACCGUCUUACACCACGCAGCAGGCGUCCGCUGGCGAAAUAGUUACUUGGUCGACUUACAAUGCUGCCCAAGCAGCCGUUGCUGCGACAGACUCGCCUUAUAGCGGUAGCAAUCUCGUGUCCAACUCCCAGCAUCGAAGACAAUCUAGCUCCGCCGUCAAUUCUUCGUCCUGCGUCCCCACCUCGCAUCAGCUGCCACCGACUCUUUCUACCAUGCACAACAUCGAGGCCGAGUACUUUACGGAAGGCCGCGAGUGCGUGAAUUGCGGGGCGGUGUCAACGCCGCUGUGGCGACGCGACGGCACCGGGCACUACCUCUGCAACGCCUGUGGACUCUACCACAAGAUGAACGGCAUGAAUCGGCCGCUGGUCAAGCAAUCCCGCCGUAUGUCGGCCUCCAGGCGCGCGGGAUUGCAGUGUAGCAACUGUCGCACGCAGACGACGUCUCUGUGGCGUCGCAACGCCCAGGGUGAUCCGGUUUGCAAUGCCUGCGGUCUCUACUACAAAUUGCACAGCGUCAACAGGCCACUCACCAUGAAGAAGGACUCUAUCCAGACACGCAAACGCAAGCCGAAAAACGUGAAAAUCGGCGACACCCCGAUCUCUGGUUCGGUAGCUCCUUGCACCAUUCCUCACAACAACAAUAACAACAACAAUAACAACAAUAACAACAGUCUCAAGAUCGAUCCAGACACUUUGAACUUCAACUGCAAUGACUUGCGCCUGAACCACGCUGGUGUCACGCAGACGAGCUACGUGCAGAGUCUUUACGGCAGCCAGACACCAGUCAGUCGGAUACAAACCAUCUCCUACCAGCCUGAGCUCUAUUACGAUGCGUUACAGCAGCAACAGCAGCACCAUCAUCAGGAUCAACAGCAGAGCCACGUACAAGAGGCUCAUCACUCGCCGAAGGAGGAAUGCCCCUCGCCAUCGGGCGCCACUCGCUCGCCAGUACUCACCUCGGCCGGACACUCGCCUGAGCGUCAUCAGGCUUCGCACAUCGUCGCUCUUAGCAAUUCCUCGCCAGGUCCCAAUGGCAAACUUCUCAUCGACACACUGGACCGACCCACUGUAGUCUCCAUAUCCUCGUAGACCUCUCGUCGCUCAAUGUCGAUUUUUACGGUUAUGUGAUCAACUAGUUAUUGUUUUAAAUGAAGCAAAGUCACGACUUGUUGUGUCAACUUUUUCUCGCCACGCUAACGAAUUAACAGUGAAGAUCAUUUGUAAUCAUGACAUAGAUGGGUUAGUUUCAGCAAAACUUUGUGUGCGUCACUUCACGUAUAAGUGUGAUGCAUCUUCACUGGAAUCUCGUUAAUUUUAUCAUAAUAUCAUUUGGCAGAGGCCAAUUCUUUAUUGUUUAUUAUUAUUAUUAUUAUUAUUAUUAUUAUUAUUAAGAUGUAAGUUGUAUCUUUUAACUGUGCAUCUCUCUUCUCUCUUUUGUAUAUAACUAUAUUUCUUUUUAUAACGUAACUUUCAAUUACAUUUUUAUUAGUUUGUAAGUGACGCAGUUCUUAUAGAUCUGUUUGUACAUUAUGCGAAUUUAGAAAGCUACAUGGACAGAACGUUAUUGAUAUGAGUAAAUGCAUUGUUGGAUUUCGAUAUUCUACAAGACAUAUUGUUAUGUUUCUAGAAAACAUUAUUUUUAAGUUACUUCCAACGAAUUAUGAAUCAAAAGUAAUAUUUCCAAGAAAUUUAAGUUAUUGCCGAAUAUGUUUUUAUAUUUGUAAGUUUUGCAUGUAUAGUGAUUAUUGUCUUUAAUCAAUUCUGCGUUUUAUUGCGGGUGUUGAGGUUUCUCUGUAAAAACGAAAGACGGCAUUAAGAGUUUUAUAGGUUUAAAAUUUAUAUUGAUUCUUGGACUUUUCAGUUCAAUAAUAUCAUAAAUUGACGAUUGUCUGACCAGCAAUUAUGGCAUAACAUAGUAAUAUUUUUUAACUUAAGAUACUUCGAUUCUGUCAAUCUUUGUUUUUCUUAUUAACAAACAUAGAUAGUAUUGACAGACGAAGGUAAGCAGCACAAUACCAAAUUCUAAGUGACAAUAUUUUGUAAAUAAAUAAGUUUUGUAAAGUAUAUUUUAAGAUAAUAAAAGCACUUUCAUUUGGAAAUCAAAA